AUUUGGGAUUGAGGUCCCUUGGGAUCGUUUCCAACCAUUUGGGAUUGGGGUCCCUUGGGAUCCCCUGCAGCCAGCUGGGACCAGGGCACCGUGCCGUGCUCCCUGCCCGCUCUCACACCGUUUUUCCCUUUCUGCGCAGGUGGGAGCAGCGGGAUCUCGCCAUGGCCCUGGCCGACCCCACGGGCUGCGAGGACAGCGUCCCCUUCCCCGACAUCAUCGAGCUGAACGUGGGGGGCCAGGUGUACAUCACCCGGCACCCCACGCUGCUCAGCGUGCCCGGCUCGCUGCUCUGGGACAUGUUCACGCAGAAGAACGCGCGCUCGCUGGCCCGCGACAGCAAGGGCCGCUUCUUCCUGGACCGCGACGGGUUCUUGUUCCGCUACAUCCUGGAUUUCCUGCGGGACCGGCGGCUGGUGCUGCCCGAGCACUUCCCGGAGCGCGGCCGGCUGCGCCGCGAGGCCGAGUACUUCGUGCUGCCCGAGCUGGUCAAGCUGCUGGCGCCCAAACUCAGCGAGCAGAACUCGCUGGGGGAUGACCCGUGCCAGAGCGACCCCGAGGAGCCGUCCCCCGGCGGGGACGCCGCCCGCGCUCUGGUGUCACCCGCCGCCUCGGCCGUGCCCGGCGCCCAAGCCGGCACCGAGGGGCGCAGGGCAGGGUUCAUCACCAUCGGCUACCGCGGCUCCUACACGCUGGGCAGGGACAGCCAGACGGACGCCAAGUUCCGCAGGGUGGCCCGGAUCAUGGUGUGCGGCAAGACCUCGCUGGCCAAGGAGGUUUUUGGGGACACCUUGAACGAGAGCAGGGACCCGGACAGGCCCCCGGAGAGGUACACGUCCAGGUACUACCUCAAAUUCACCUUCCUGGAGCAAGCCUUCGACAAACUGGCCGACGCCGGCUUCCACAUGGUGGCCUGCAACUCCACGGGCACCUGUGCCUUCGCCCACGAGCAGACGGACGACAGGAUCUGGACCUCUUACACCGAAUAUGUUUUCUACCGUCCCGUUGUGCGAGGCCAACUCUCCAGGCAGCUCUCCAGGCACUGCAGCCUUCCAGGAAGCUCCUGGCUCAGCCUUCCCGUUCCCGAGCCUUUGGAACCAGAGCAGAACCCCAAAAAACCCAUGUCCUCUUCUGAGCCCAUCCUGGACCUCAAGGGAGACACGGAGGAAGCACUUCCAGAGAACCCGGGAGGAGCAGGGGAGCAGAGCUCCUGCCCACCGAGGGAUGCUCCAGGGAGUGGAAAACCCACGGAGCACACGGAACCCAGGACAGCAGCCCUGGCAGAGCCGAAGCAGAGCCCCAGGACGAGGCAGGACCCUCCUGACUCCGCCAACUUUGGACCCCCCUGCCCUGCCCAGCCCAUCCCAUCUCCACCCCCGGCCGAACCCACCCCUGGCAGGGACACUGAGGCGAAGGAUCCCAGCCCCACCAACUCCCUGCCAUGGCCAGAAGCUCCCGAGGAACUCCCAGCCCGCCCCAACACCCUGGACUUCUCCAAAUCGCUGAAGAAGCUGGAGGAGGUGAAGCAGGCGGGGCAGCGGCGGGGCAGCGAGCAGGCAGCGGUCAAGGAGAACGGCCUGGGGGCCACUGUGGCCACCAGCACGGCCACCACGGCCACCAGCACGGCCAGCAGCACGGCCAGCAGCGAGGAGCACCGCGCUCUGCAGUCCGAGCUGGGCAGGUGCAUCGAGGAAUUCCGCAGGAUAAAAAUCCCCGUGGCUUUUCCCAACAAGAAGAGGCAGUGGCAGAGUGAGCUGCUGAAGAAGUACCAGCUGUGAGAGGAGAUCCCACGGCAGGGAAUGAGGUUCUCCAGCUGUUCCAGCUGUGGCACAGCUGUGGCUCCCACAAGGAGGAGCAGAGGUGGCUCCUGAAGCCCAUCCAGAUGUUGGAAGGGUCUCAAGCCUGUUCCCACCAUCGAGGGGAUGCUCCGUGUCCUCAGAGACACAGGCACAGCUGGAAGGGGCAGGACGAGGAAGGAUGGCCGGGGUGAUGUUCAGGACCAGCAGAAAUUCCCACAUUUCUGAAUUUCCCUGGCGUUUCCAACAAUAAAAUCGAGUUGGUGUCCGAAAUGAGCUCCAGUCUCAUAGACACAGGAAUAGGAAUAACAGUUCUUCACUAGGAAAAUUAAAAUAGAAAUGCAG